GGGAGCAGGGGAAGGCAGGGGAGCCAUGCUUCGUUCCUUCAGUUACGUGACUGAUCACACUGGCUUCUGUGGUACUAUCAAAAACUCAGCGAGCGACUUCGUAGUGACAGAAAUCGAGGUGCCUGAGCACUUACUUAGGGAUACCCGGGCUGAAUCGCUUCAGAAAACCAGCGAAGCGCAGCUAGAACCAAGUAGCCUGUGCCUGCAGCAACCCAAAAAGCAGAGAACGGAGCCUCCCAGUCCAUGCGCUGAGGGCUGUCAUGGCGGUGCGCCUAGUCCUUCCGAGCGUGACCCAAGCUGCGCAGGAGGUGACUGUUCUGCAUCCCCUAACAAAAAACAGCCUGAGGGUGAACCUGAACUGAGAUCUGGCCUCGAGGAAGCCAGUAUGUUGGAUUCCUUACUAGGCAAACCCAUGAGUGAACUGCUUAAUAAAUUUGCUUGUGAUCUGAAGGAUGCGUGGGACUUGGAAAACAAUGCCGAUGCUGCCACUAGGGAGUUCUCGCUGGGACCUAUACUGGACAAGAAAGAUCGAGCUGAUUUACACAGUGCUGUUAGGCAGAAAUUCCCCUUUCUAGUCACUGUUACAAAAGACAACGAAAUGAUUGUAAAAGGAAAUGCUGAUUACAGAGAACUUUGUCAGUUAGUGACUGAAAAGGAAACAAGUGAUUUCUUUAAAUUUUUAGAUGCAAAGAUAGAAAAUUCUACAUUUUCUUUUGCGCCUGAUGGAAAUAAAGAGCACAGAAAAGUAGUUCACCACUUUAUCAACAGAAAAUUUGGAAGACUAUUAGAAACAAAGUCUUUUACUGUGACAGAUGUCAAUGAUCAGCCAAAUAUGUCAAUAAUGGUACGAUUUCGAGAAAAAAGUUGGUCCAGAAAAAGGUCUGCUGGUGGUUUCCAGGAAAAACAAGAUCUUUAUACAGCUUUCACCCUUCAGAAAGAAAAUCUAGAAACACUAGAAGCAAUCGGCUUCUUGGCUGCUGAACUUGGUGUUCUUCCUUCAGACUUCAGUUACACUGGCAUCAAAGACAAGAAGGCUAUUACUUACCAACCUAUGGUUGUGAAGAAGGUGACUCCUGAGAGGUUGAAAGAAAUUGGAAGCAAAAUGGAAAAAAAGGGCAUGAGAAUACACAACAUACAUUCAGCAUGCCAGCACCUUAGACUUGGUCAGCUGAAGGGCAAUCACUUUGAUAUAGUUGUGAGAGAUCUCAAACACCACAGUCAUGACUCUUCUGCGGAUUUGAAAGAGAGAAUAUCUGAAGCAAUGGAAAACGUUGAGACAAAAGGUUUUGUAAAUUACUACGGACCUCAGCGAUUUGGACAAGGACAAAAUGUUCAGACAGAUCAAAUAGGAUUGGCUUUACUGAAUGAAAAAAUGGUGAAAGCUGUGAAGUUAUUCUUCACACCUGAAGAUACUGAUGACCCUGUAAACAACGCAAAAAGAUAUUUUCUUCAAACUGAAGAUGCAAAGGGCACACUUGUGAUGCUGCCAGAAUUUAAAGUGAGAGAGAAGAUGUUGCUACGAGCUUUAAAUCGCUAUGGUGUAAAUCAUGAAGGUUGUACCAAAGGAUGGCUCAAUAUUCCUCAUUCCAUGCGCAUAUUCUAUAUCCAUGCUUAUUGCAGUAAAAUUUGGAAUGAAGCAGCAUCAUAUAGGCUGAAGAUUUAUGGUUCAAAAGUUGUUGAGGGUGAUCUUGUCUUCUCAGAAGAAAAUGAUGAAAGUGUUUCCCUGAAUGACAAGGUUCAUGUAGUCACUGCUCCAGAAGAGUCAGCUAACAAAUACUCUAUAAAACAAGUUGUUCUUCCAAUGGUGGGACAUAGUAUCAAGUAUCCCAGUAAUAAAGUUGGGCAAUGGUACCAUGAAAGGCUUUCUAAGGAUGAGCUGCAGAUGUGCAAAUUCAGAGUGUCUCCAUUACAGCUGAAUAUACCUGGAUGCUACAGACCCAUUUUGAAAAAUGUUCAGAAUCUGUCAUAUUUUUUGGAAGGUAGUGAAAAAGGAAUCGAAAUUGAAGACAACCAUCUGAAUGCACCAAAAGUCUCUCUUCAUGUAUCAUUUGACCUUGAUCCUUCAUGUUAUGCAACAGUCUGUCUGAGAGAAAUAAUGAAAUGUGACUUUUAAGGUUCCAGUUAAUGAAAGAUUGCAGAAAUAUUAUAUAAUGGUGAUAUUUUAUGUAUAAUGCCAAGAAAAUAAGGGAGAAUAACAGGUUGAAGCCAGGAACAGGAAAAAUUUGUAGAUUGAGUUUCAUACUGAUUAGGGAAAAAACCCACCAAAAUCCUUUGGAAUGUUCCAAAAACAUUCCAAACCCUAAAUGCAAACCCUUGGAUGCAUUGGAGUAAAACUAUGUGUUAUGCCAGGCAGGUCUAACAGAAAUUAAAGAAACCAUGGGCUGCAAGCAUGAAUUUCGUAUUUGCAGACAUCUGACUUGCAAAGUUAAAUCCUGGAAAAAUGUUUGCAGCAAACAAAUGUAUCUUUUAUUUCAUAAUCAUUUUUUAAAAAAUGGUUUAUACUAAAUGCUGUUUAAGCAAUAAUGUUACAAGUUUGCAGCCUACAGGUAUCUAACUGAAAAGUUGCGGUACUGAGGUUCACUAAAUAUAUUGUGUUUUCAUUGUGUUCAGGCCCUAAGUGUUAAAAGGUAAAAGUCCUGAGUCAACAGUGACAAGUCAUCUGAUACCUUAUCAGACAUUUGAUGAAUCCCCCAACUUAAGUUAAUGCUAAGGAUUCCAGGAUUAAGUAAUGCAUAGCUGUUAUUUAGUGCCUAUUCAAGUAAGCUCAUCAAGAUGAGGUGAGUAAUUCACAUAACUGCAAAACCAUUUAUAAUAAAACCAAAAACCUGUUUUAUUGUUUACAGGAUGCAGACUCUAUUCCUGUUACUGUGAAGCCUUAUGGUAGCAAAAAAAUGUUAAUGGAACCAUCCCUGGAAAAAAGCUUUUAUAUUUUUUUUCUUAAUUAAAAAAAAACAGUUAACUGU